AUCAUGUCCAAAAUGGCGGGCACAAAACGUCCUAGAGAGAAUGUUGACACACAAGCCUCAAAAAAGGUUAAGUCCAGCAAAGAAGGGCCCAAAAAGCCCAAGUUCGAGUCCGAGAAUGCUGCAGGCCAAGAGGAAGACUUCGUUGCAUUCGACGAAGGACUCGAGGAACCUGUGUCCGAAGGCAAAGCAGCGUUCACGAAGAAGCCAAAAGUGGACUACGGUUCACACAAAGCUAACGGUUCGAACAAUCAAGAUUCAUUCCUAAGUGGAAGUACAUCUCGCGAAGCACACGCCAAACAACGAGCCCUAGCACAAGACCGGAAAGCAGCCAAACCGAACGCCGACUCCAUCGCCCGGAGCAAGAAGAUCUGGGAGAAACUGCGGCGCAAAUCGCACGUUCCCAAAGCCGAGCGCGACGAACUGGUCAAAGAACUAUUCGCCAUCAUAACGGGUCGGGUGAAGGAGUUUGUGUUCAAGCACGACUCUGUCCGGGUCAUACAAUGCGCAUUGAAAUACGCCACACCGGCACAACGGAAACAAAUCACGCAAGAAUUGAGCGGGAGUUAUCGCGAGCUCGCCGAGUCAAAGUACGCCAAGUUUCUGAUUGCCAAAAUGGUCGUUGGCGACAAUGAGAGUCGCGACGCCGUCGUGCAAGAGUUCUAUGGCCACGUGAAAAGGCUGAUUCGGCAUCCCGAGGCCAGCUGGAUAGUCGACGAUAUCUAUCGGACCCUUGCGACGAAGAAUCAGAAAGCCGUUCUGUUGAGGGAAUGGUAUGGCCCGGAAUUUGUCUUCUUCUCUCAAAAUAAAGGAACACCCGAAGAGGAAGUAACCGCAGAUUUGUCUGUGAUAUUGAACCAGAACCCCGAAAAGCGCGGCCCGAUCAUGCAACAUCUCAAAGAAAUGACGAACCAGCUCGUGCAGAAGAAGACGACAGGCUUUACCAUGCUCCACGAUGCAAUGCUGCAGUAUUUUUUGAACGUCAAGCCGGGCAGUCCCGAGCAGACCGAGUACCUCGACAUGCUCCGUGACGACGAGGAGGGCGAUUGCUUCAAGAACCUUGCCUUCACAAGGUCCGGAUCUAGACUCGCCUGUCUGGCGCUUGCACAUGGGAAUUCCAAGGCCCGUCGAACGAUACUCAAAUUCUUCAAGAUGCAUAUCAAGCUCCUCGCGAGCGAUGUAUACGGACACGUAGUCCUGCUGACCGCGUACGAGGUGAUAGAUGACACGGUGAUGACUGCCAAGGCUAUCUUCCCUGAACUACUCAGCAAAGAUCUGGACCAAGAGGCGCGGGAGCAGGAACUCAUGGCUCAAAUUGAGCAUUUGACUUCUAGGAUUCCAUUGCUGUACCUGAUGUCGCCGGAGCCGCCGAAGUGGCUGGUCCCUGCGGAUACAGAUACCGCGGCGAUUAUCAAGGAGGUUCGCGAAGUCCGCGCGAGUACUUCGAAAAAGGAUCCUGAGACGAGACGUGUGGAACUGCUGGAGGCUCUGUCCCAACCGUUGCUGGAUUUGAUUGCUUCACAGAUCAAGUUCCUCGCUCGGUCCCAGCUUGGAUGUCAGUUCGUCGCGGAGACGCUGUUUGGCGCGGUCGGGAAAAAAGACGCCGCGCUACAGGCUGUUGCUGAAUUGGUAGCGGGAGGUGAUGAGUCUGAGUCGGACGAAACAAUGCAGGUUCUCGCGACGCCGGCCGUGGGACGGAUGCUGAAGUCGUUGGUUCAAGGUGGCCGAUUCGAUAAGGAUGCCAAGAAGGUCGUCCUUGUUGAUCCACCGUUGAACUUUGGCGAUAUACUAUACACGCAGCUCAGACACGGAGAAAACAAGGUGGAUCCAAUCGUUAGCUGGGCGAAUGGGCCGAAUUCGUUUGUUGUGCUCGCGAUGCUGGAAGCCGAAAAUUUCGGCCAUAAGGACGAAUUGCUAGGGCUGUUGAAGAAGAAUGCUUCGUCUUUGAACAAGGACAACCACGGCGCGAUGAUCAUUCUGGAGAAGAUCGGAGGUGUGAAAGCCGAGGAUACUGCUGCGAAGGUGGAAAAGGGCAAGAAGGGCAAGCAAAAUGAACCAGGCAGAGCAGAGGGAAAGGCGAAGGAAAAGGAAAAGAAGGCUCCAAAAGACAAGAAGUCGAAAAAGUAGAUGAACAUCGAUGACUAUGAGUAUUGCUAUUGCCCCAAAAGGCCCCCGUCA